UUAUUGACGUGACAUUCAUGUCAAGAGUAAACGGUGUUUCAUAGCUGUUAGCACAGUAGAGUAAAAGGAGUUAAUUUUUUACGCUUGAAUAACAUAUUUUGCAGUUGUCAGAAUUUGCAGAUGUCACAAACUGUAUAUCUUUGCAAAACUAUCCCUUUACCGUUGGCAUUGUAUCUGUAAAGAAGUUGUAUCGGUUGUGGGACGCAGUUUGCAGUUUUCAUUUAACCAUGUCCGUAAAAACAGUGCAAAAGACUGAAAAGAACGAUGACGAGACUUGUGAGGAGAUGAUUAACCGCUUUGGUAUUGCCGAAUAUCGCCCGCCAUUUCAGCAUAAGCUGGACACUCUGCUAGGCGUGAGUGGGGGAUCCCGUGGAGUGUUUCUCACGGAAGACAGCAAUUCGGGCCAGCAUUAUGCCGUUAAGUGUAUUGAACUAGAAAAAACAAGCAAUCACACCGAGCUACACCGCUAUGUUCAAGAUUUCAAGUGCAUCCUGGAACUGACAAAAAAUUCUCAGCACAAUCUUGUUAAAUAUUUCUUUGUGGACAUCGCUUAUUUCGAGAACAUCCCGGAAAUCCGCAUUUUUAUGGAAUAUUGCCCAGGGGGAACACUGAGGGAGAAAAUCCAAACUCAUGUCUCAAUGCAGCAACGAUACAGCCAGUUACACAUCCAAGCCGAUUUUACCGCCGUCCUGAACGGCGUUCGCUAUCUUCAUCAACGGCACGUUGCCCAUCGCGAUUUGAAUGGCAGUAGCAUUCUUUUCACGGUGGACGGCACGCCAAAAAUUGCCAGUUUUGGUCUGCUGGUGCAGUUAGACCCUUCUGCAAUCGGGGACGAUGAAGUGCGCCGCGGAGUGGGAACAAUCUCUUACAUGGCACCCGAAGCCUUUAAUGCAACUUUCGGCCAGGUGGGGCUGGCAUGCGAUAUAUGGGCGUUGGGUUGUGUGCUGCUGGAGAUGCUGCAAGGACACUCACCGCGCUUCUACCGGAAAGAGACCAACGGGGAGCUCGUUCUUCGGAUUAGACCUGCAGAAGUCCAGCAGGCGCUGGCCAAGGGGGAAAAACCGUUCUACCGUCCUGAGUUAGACCGGGAUGACUGCGGAGAUGACCGGCAGUUUUUAGAUGCGGCGAAGAAUUUCCUCGAUUUAUGUUUUCAGGCGGUUGCCAACAAGCGGCCUGCCGUCGAAGAGCUUAUUAAGCACCCCAUGUUGCGGAUAUGUUCACCGAUAUCACUCACACCGGAAAUUCAGAAUAAUAACGUCCCAAUUUCGGAAUCCGAUUAUGAUACGGAAACGAAUUGCGAUAAUCAGAGUGAGUCCAACCCACAUAAAAGCUUUGGCUGUUCGUGCAGUUGUGAAUACCAACCCCGAACCGAUGGAAUCGGCAAAGGAGCUUUUGGGACAGUGUACAAAGCCUUGAUAACUGAUCGCGGCAAUUUUUCUGGAACUGGGAAUAUUGUGGCUAUCAAGGAAAUUUUUAUGCGGCAAUCAAUGCUUGCUAUGCUACAGGAGAAGAACACAUCCACUGCAAAAUGGAAACAGUUGUUGCUGCUCAAACAUGCAAAUGUCAUCCGAUACCAUAAAAUCAGCUUCUUCAAAACGGACAGAGGAACAACAGUAGAAUUGGUGAUGGAUUAUAUUCAAGACGGGGAUUUGGCCCAUUUGAUUGCAAACUUGGAUGCCGCGCCGAAACAAGUUUACUUAGUUACCGUCGUUAAUUUUGCACGUCAGAUUUCAACAGGUUUAGCGUAUCUCCAUUCUAAUAAAUUUAUACAUGGCGAUCUUAAGCCAGCCAAUAUUCUGAUGCGCUUAAAGCCUAAUGGCCAUAAACUUCUCAUUGGAGACCUGGAUGAUGGCAUUGUAAUGAUGAGUAAUCGGACAUGCACAAAAGAUAUCACGCAUAUGCGCGGAACGGCGCGUUACAUGUCACCAGAAAUGGUCAAGACCUUUCUUGCCGGGCAGGACGGCGAGAAAAUUGGCCGGAAGACAGAUGUCUGGAGUCUUGGUUGUAUUAUUAUUGACUUGGUGGAUUACAGCGCGGGAAUACUUGAGAAAUGGUUAUGGCGCAAAGGAACCACAGAAGAACUGCAAAUCACAUUGGCGUCUGACUUACUAAUUCUAACCAAAAUUGCUGAUGGCUUCGUGCCGCUUUUGAAGCGUCCGACCGACCCCGGGGUCACUCGUUUGAUUGAGGAAGCGCUCUGUGAUAAUAGCCAGAGUCGCAUUUCGUCGCAGCAAAUUACGGAAAAACUGGAAGAGAUUUAUGCUGCCAUGAGCAAAGAUUCUAUUUUUACCCCGUAAUGCAUGAGUUAUUAGUGAAUUUUGCAAACACGCUUGCGCGACCGGUUUUCUUUUCGAUACCGCAGACAUAGAUACAUACGCUCUGCAAAGUCUGCAUUGUUAAUACCUGUCUUCAUAUGUUCACUAUUAUGUGCCAUCUUAACGGUAGUAAUGCCCGUUUGCGGGCGGGUGGGUGACCAUUUGCGGUGUUGGCUUGUUUCGAACUUUGAGUAAUCUGCUUGAUCGGA